AUGACAACGGAAACAUCAACAGUGACAACAACAAUACCAGUGAUAAGAGAGGCACAUGUCAACAAAAGAAAAAAUCGAUAUCCAACCAGAAGUGCUGCUAGACAGGACCCAAACUUUCGGGGUGUGACAUUCCUGCUACACACACAGCUACAGGGCUGUGAAAGUCAGCUAGUCAUAUCAGCCUAUUUUAGCAACAUAAAUGUGAAGACAGCUGGUUCCCACAGCCAGGUGAGAAAUCGUCAUAGCAGCUGUGGCUCCGUGACCAGCUAUCACACUGACUGCUGGAGUGGAUCUGAUGAGGAUAGCCAGCUAGCCUAUCAUAAGAAUCCGUACAUCUCAGUGAAGACGUGUGCAUCAUGUGCAACUCGGAGAACUCCUCUUUGGAGAGAUGCUGAAGAUGGUACACCACUGUGUAACGCAUGUGGCAUCAGGUUUAAGAAAUACAAGGUACGUUGUAGUCAGUGCUGGCACAUACCCAAAAAGGACAUCAAGACGUUUCCUAACUGUCCGAACUGUGGGGCACUUCUACGUGUGUCAGUCUGCAGGCGGAGCUGGUGA